GUACACCAGUAUCAGGCGCAAAUAUCAAAGCUGCAACUGGAGAAUGAGUCGAUGCGUGGUCAACUACGCGGCCUGGAGGCAGCAUGUGCCGGUGAAGUGCACGCCGCGCUGGUGGCACGUUUGGCAACCCUUGAAACGGAGCACGCAGCCUUAGCGCGAGACGCUGACGCCCAGCGUCGACAGUAUGAGCGGUGCCUGGACGACGUCGCCAACCAGGUGGUCCGCGCUCUCCUAUCGCAAAAGGGUCUUAGGGAAGAAAUAGGUGCAUUGCAGAGACGUAUACGAGAGCUUGAGGCUCAAAACCGAGCAUUGUCAGGACUCUUGGCGCAGGCUGCCAGUCCUGAAAGCCCUACCGAACUUAUCCAAGGAAUUCUCGAGGCUGGUCCAGCCGCUCUGGUCGCCGCUUUGGGCCUGGACUCUUCCUGGGUACCCCUCUCAAGACCGCGUUCCCUCAAUUUGCAAAUACCCGUGAUGGCAACCACUAAGUGCCGACGUAGUAGACCUCUUGCGCAAAAACCGUCGGAGGAGGAAGGCAGUGAAAGCCCAGAAAGCGGUAAUCGCGAUGAGGGCUACUCGACCAUGUCGAGUGACGUUCAAGGUGAGGGUACGCGUCAGGAGCCAUCUGUGCGCGGCCUCGAAGAUCUGAAGGAGGCCACCGACGAGACCGAAGCUGAUGUUUCGCCGGAUGCUCGUCUCGUCGCCCUCGACGCCAGCGAUCCGGACGUCCUCUUUCUACCUCUGAAUCUCACCGUGGGCAUCAAUCCGCGCCACAGCUAUCCGCCGACUAAAGAUUUAUUACCCUAUCAGCACGUAAUGCGUAGCUUCUCCGACAGUCAUCUCUGUCUCAAGCUCACUACUACCACCAAUUUUACACCGUAUAAACUGCCUAGCCCCAUAGGCUCAUCUUCUCUCUUGUUGGUGGAGGAGGAAGGCUGGGAUGCCGAAUAUGUGCAACAAUGGCUUAGGCUCGAUGACAGUAGAAGCACGCAACAACAUCGAGAUCUGCUCGAAUUGGAGUACGACAGAGCGGAGUUGGAGGAUUGGAGUUUCUCCUUGUCCACGGAAGACCUCGUACAAAAUGAAUCCGCAAUGUGGAAGGAGCAACCAGCUACAAAUACACCUGCCCUGCCAGCAAUCAAGGAACAUAAUCUUCUGGAAUUGGAGGAGGACGCGAACGAGUGUCUGUGGAACGGUGCGAGCUAUCUUGCCGAUAGGACCGGAGGAGAGCUGGUUGCGCUUUUGAUGGAUGCGAGGACAAACGGACCUUGGCCGUAUGCCUCAAGUCCCGGUGCGUCCUGGAGUAGCGAGGAGGGUGCUCUGGAAAACUCGAGUAAGCGUUCAUCGGCGGCACUCUCUGGCUGCAGCGACGAUCCUGACACUCCGUCAAUCGGCACGGACUUUACCAGAGACUUUUACCGGCUAGUAAAGUUCGAGAGUACUAAGAGCUUGGCGAGCACGUCCUCCAGAAGUGGUAGGCCACCACCGGAUAGGGAACAAGCGCUUCAGAGUGUCCUGUCUUUCAUCGCCGAACAACAGAUGUACCUCGCAGAGUUACCGAAUAAUCCCGUGGAACCGCAGAACGUGUCUCACUCGACCGAAGAAUUGGUCCCUAACAAAAAUGAUUCUACGGGAGAAACAAAGAUAGCGAAGCUAGAAAGUUCAUCCGUUCAAGAGCGUAGUAUCGGAAACGCGAAUGAAAUGAGCAGCAACGAUGAGCUACUCGAUCAGAUACAGGUACCACCAUUGGCACUCGAGGAGAGGAUUGUAAGCGCUGUGUCCUGUAAUGGCGGUAUCGCAUAUACAACGGUAGCUCCAUCGGAAUUGGGAGCUGUUCCCGAGGAGGACGAAGAGGCAACUUCCUCUACGCCUAGUACAGUUGUCAGCCCGGCACGAGCAACGCUUCUCGUGGAGGGCAGAGAUCGAACAUUGAGCUUCCAUGAACGCGCCACAUCCAAGGAUGUUAUAGAUGAAUUGAACCGUAUGAUUAGGAAGGGUGAAGAUACUACCGCUGUUAACAUCGUUAACAACGAAUCGCAGGUACCGCUUGAGAAAUUGGAUCUUGCUUGCUGCUGUCCAACAGGAUGGGUUCACGUUGAACGUGAUAUUGACUUCACCGACCCCAAGGCCAGAGCAAAUCUCUUAGACGUGAUGUUAGCAAGCAGCGAAAGUUCUUCGGCGACAUCGAGUAGCGGUUCGGCGGGUAGCGAUUCGGGAGAUGAACCACCUGAUUACCGACACUUGCAUAGAUUACAUCGGUACCGACGGCAAAAGAAAGAUGGUAGCGCCUACGCGGUGUGCUUUGAUUGUCACAAGAAAAGCUACGUAGUUCGGCUUAGUGACGAUCAGUUUCUAUAAGCGACAUGACCAAUUGGGAGGAAUGCAUUGCCGCGCCGGGGAACCUAUUUCGUCUUAAACGGAACCACGUGUUACGCCCUGGAAAAUGGACUGAUUAUCGGUUUAUACUAACAGAAUUAUUAACUGGUAGUGAACGUUCCUGGCGUAGCGCCUCCACGCAAUUCCAUUUCUUCGUUUGGUUCACAUAUAUUUGCGUGGCCUACUUGGCAUACAUUGCCGUCCGAAAGUCUUGGGACAAAAUACAGAAAGGUACAUUGAAUAUAAAUGAAUAUCGAUUGUAUAUACAAUUGUAUAACCAAAACGUGUGUGUAUGUAUAUAAUCAAACAGGGAGAUUACAUUCAAACUUAAUGCAAUUUCUUAAAUACAUUAUAUCUAAUUUUAUAUAGUUUUAUAUAGAUAAUCAAACAUACAACUAUGUCCACAAAAGCGCAAUUCAAAAUAUCCAAAGACUUUUAGACAAGAAUGCAAAUUGAUGUGCAAAUUUAACGUCGUCUAAUAUCUUGUUAAAAUUGAAAGAUAAGUGAGCAAUCAUGCAAUAUAUGAGACUGCAAAUAUGAACAUUAUGUAUAUAACUGAAAUUAAACAGCUUCUCAAAUGGAAUUGCGUCAGGGUAUAAAUUAAAAAUAGUUAUUUUCUCUCUCAUUGUAUUGCGAGCAAAUUGAAUCUCUGAACUUUAUUGGCACGUGCAAGACCGUUUCAGAGCAUCUUCAUCUUCCUUUUCGACAUCUUUAUUUCAUUUUACGCCUGUCUAUAUUAGAUCAUUAAUCACGCUACGUUAUUGAUCAUUUUUAAUUUCACGUAAAAUUGUAACCAAUUCG